UACCAAUCUCUCUCUCUUGUUUCGGAGUCUCAAUUCUCUCCCUAUCUUCUUCAAACUCGCAAGAAAACCUUGAAUUCUUCCUGAAAUCACAGGCAAGAGAAACAUUGAGGAGGCUGCGUGAAUGGGGCGGACUCCAUCUUCGAAAUCAACCCCGAUCCAUUUUGGGAAUUCAAGAACUCCCCACUGUCCUCAGUCGAAACACCGCCUUAUCUUCAACACCGCCAGGCCAUCCCCGAACCCCAACCAUGCUGGGAAAGAGGCCGAACCACCUGAACACCCAGUUGAAGUCGUCGGUCGGAUCCGAGACUACCCAGAUAGGAAAGAUAGACCCUUUUCCGCCUUGCAUCUCAACCCGGAUCAGCAGUCUUUGAGAGUGAAGACUGACAUUGGGUACAGAGAUUUUCGCCUCGAUGGGGUGUCUUUAUCUGAGGAAGAGGACUUGGAUAAGUUUUAUAAGAAGUUCAUUCAGUCCAGGAUCAAAGGUGUAAAAUGUGGUGAGAAAUGCACUAUUAUGAUGUACGGGCCUACAGGAUCAGGAAAGAGCCACACAAUGUUUGGUUGUUCGAGGCAGCCCGGGAUUGUCUACAGGUCGUUGAAGGAUAUAUUGGGAGAUGGGGAUGAAGUGAGUGAGGAGAGAGCUGGUGGGGGUACUUUUGUUCAGGUCACUGUAUUGGAAAUAUACAAUGAGGAGAUUUAUGAUCUGCUCUCAUCAACUACUACUGGUGGAGGGUUUGCUUUUGGUUGGUCUAAAGGCAGUGCAUCCAAGGUGAGGUUGGAAGUGUUUGGAAAGAAGGUGAAAAAUGCAAAUUCUAUUUCUGGGAAUGAAGCAGAAAAGAUAUCAAAGGAGAUACAUAAUGUCGAAAAACGGAGGAUCGUGAAGAGCACACUUUGUAAUGAGAGAAGCUCCCGAAGCCACUGUCUGAUAAUUCUCGAUGUCCCAACCGUUGGAGGGAGGCUUAUGCUUGUUGACAUGGCAGGUUCUGAAAACAUAGAACAGGCUGGCCAAAAUGGUCUGGAAGCAAAGAUGCAGACAGCAAAAAUUAAUCAAGGAAACAUUGCUCUCAAAAGGGUUGUUGAAUCCAUUGCAAAUGGGGAUUCUCAUGUUCCAUUCAGAGAUAGCAAGUUGACCAUGCUCCUGCAGGAUUCUUUUGAAGACGACAAGUCCAAGAUUCUAAUGAUACUUUGUGCCAGCCCGGAUCCAAAGGAGCUACACAAGACCAUCUUCACUCUAGAGUAUGGUGCCAAAGCAAAAUGUAUAGUUCGAGGUCCACAUACACCGGUCAAGGAAAAAGACACAGAAGACUCCUCGCCUGCAGUUAUUCUGAAAUCAAGAAUUGCAGCAAUGGACCAGUUCAUUAGCAGGUUACAAAUGGAGAACAAGCUCCGGGAGAAAGAGUGUAAAGAAGCUCAGAAACAACUAAUGAAGAAAGAAGAAGAAGUCGCUGCCUUAAGGGCGAAAUUAAUGGCAUCAAAAGACAAGGUCUUGGAGAAAAGUGAGGAGGCAAUAAUCAACAAUAAGGUGAGAGAGAGAACACAGAGGCUAAAGAUGGAGCUUGAAAAGAAAAUACAAGAAUGCCAGAACAUGGCGAAUGAGUUUGUUGAAAUCGAAAGAAGGAAGAUGGAAGAAAGGAUAUUUCGGCAGCAAGAGGAGGUUGAUUUGUUGAGAAGACGUCUCGAAGAGAUUGAAUCUCAACUCUGUUCUUCAAAAGGUGGAAACACUGAAUUAGAAGAAAAUAAUGGCUUUACCAGACGUCUAGCCGAGCUUUACUCUGAUGAUGCUGCUGGAAUGGUAAAGUCCAUGGACUUGGACAAGUCCAUUGAUAUGGGAACAGUAAGAACAACAAAUGCAGUUCCAGGCUAUUUCACCAAUAAAUUUUGUUUGAAAACGGUAUUUGAGGAGGUAGCGGAAGAAGAUGAAAGAAGUCAUCAGUCGGAUGAAGAAGUACAGAAAGAGGUUGUUGAGGAAAAGACAACCUGCUCCAACAACACAUUGGUGGAACCCCAAGAUUUUUCUUGCAAGUAUUUGAGUGAUCUUUUAGGGGAGAAGUCUGAAGAAUCUGCACCUAAUCUAUUCACUGGUGAGAGUGAAGAAGUCAGGCAAAAAAGAAUUCAGAAUAUCUUCACUCUCUGUGGGAACUAUAGACAGCAGCAACCUAAGAAACAGGAAAAUGUUUCUGUUUUCCAUACUCCAGCAAAAACCAUUCAAGGCAAUUCAAAACGGUCUGGUAAUAAUCCGUCUUCUGUUCCAGAAAAGGAUUUGAAGGAGAAUUUCGAUCCAUCAAAUGAAGACUGUGUUGGUGGUGAUGGUUUGGUGGAAGUGUAUGUUAAGUGGGAGGCAUCAAAGGAAAAUCCAGGGAAGCUUAUUACCACAAUCAAGGUUGCAAAAGAAUCAACUCUUGCUGAUUUGCGUAAGCUGAUUGAGGUCCAUCUUGGCCCUGCUUACCAGCCUUUCACUUUCCUUGCUCUAGGGGACCCAACAGGCGCUCCAGUGCCCAGAGAAGAGGAAGUGAGAAUGGCAACGAUCAGACUUCCUGCUUGUAACAGCCAAGUAAACGGCCACCUGGCUUGCCUGCGCCCACAGGAGGAGGGAAUACGGCAGCAGCGCACUCACCACCUCCCUUUGUGUUCACUGGAGAAUUUACUCCCAGUAACUCCUCAGUCACAAAUCAAGAAGCAGCAGCAGCAGCCGCUUGAUCAUUUUUCACCUCUUGUCAAAUCCUCCACACCUUUUGUCACUGUUAAAAGAUAUCAUAAUUGAUUACUAUUAGUUCCAUGCAUGUGAUAUACAUGCAUUAUUAACGUAUAAGCGCUUUAUAUUAUAUAGGUAAGCUGGUAAGGAUUCUCAGUUUACCAUUCAUACACAUUUUGUGUUUAGAUGAUUGCCUAUUUUCUUCACUCCCGAUGUCCCAAGCUUUUAAGAAGGUUAUCUUUUUUUGAAACCAAAUUUUUGCAUAUUUGAUACGUAGUAUCUUAUUCACUUGGCU